AUGGCGCCCAGGUACCGUGGAAAUAAGUCCGCAAGUCUUGGGCAUGGACUUGACAGAGAAAUAUACCAGGCGGUCCGUAAGCUCGAUGAACAGCAUCUUGAAGAAACAGGGGAGCCACAACCGCUAUAUGCGCAUAUUAUAUAUGACAAAAUUCGACGGUCGAACUCAAGUUUGAACCGCCGGCCGAAAAAAGUGCUUGAAGAUAGCAUUGAAAGAGUUUUGGAAAUUUUUAAACUGGAUCGCGCAACGGAGGAAGAUGCAGAUAUAAUCGAAGGCGAUUUCGAGGGUCUUGAGGAAAAUAAGCCCGAUGACUCUAACGUCUUGAACAAAAGCAUCGUUAAUAUGUGGGCUUCACAACCAAAGCCCCUACCAUCGCCGCAGAAAGCUUCGGAAAACACGACUCCAGAUGUGUCGUCCUCGCGGGUGAUAGCUAACAAACGUCGCGGGGCAGUAGGGGAGUCAGCUCCUAAAAGACGAAAAGCCGAGAGCUCCAUCGAUAAAUCACCGCCUACGCAUGUGAGCUUAGCGGAUUUGGGAGGCGUAGACGACAUUAUCCAACAGCUAGAAGAGUUGAUCGUUCUCCCGAUGACUAGACCACAGAUAUUUUCUUCAUCAAAUGUACAGCCUCCUCGCGGAGUGUUACUUCAUGGGCCACCAGGCUGCGGUAAGACAAUGAUAGCCAAUGCAUUCGCAGCCGAGCUGGGCGUGCCUUUUAUUGCAAUAUCAGCGCCGUCAAUCAUCUCAGGAAUGUCUGGUGAAUCAGAAAAGGCGCUACGUGACCAUUUUGAGGAGGCCAAAAAGGUAGCCCCGUGCUUAAUAUUUAUGGACGAGAUCGAUGCAAUAACCCCAAAACGUGAGAGUGCGCAGAGAGAAAUGGAGAAACGGAUUGUUGCGCAGCUCCUCACCUGCAUGGAUGACUUGGCUUUGGCAAAAACCGAUGGGAAACCUGUUAUUGUCCUGGCGGCUACAAACCGUCCUGACAGCCUUGAUCCCGCGUUGAGACGAGGCGGCCGAUUUGAUAAAGAAAUCAACCUGACGGUCCCCAACGAGCCCGUGAGAGAACAAAUACUUCGGACACUGACGAAGGAUAUGAACCUGGCGGAUGACUUGGACUUUAAAUUUCUUGCAAAAGGAACAGCGGGCUUCGUCGGUGCUGAUUUAAAUGAUUUGGUCUCUACGGCGGCAACCGCUGCUAUAAAACGUUACCUCGACCUUUUAAAAACUGCCCCAGCAGAAGAAAUGGAUAUCGAAGAAGAACAAGCUCCGAAUGGAGUGAGCAAAAAGGUCUUAGAGCUGCGCCAGCUCAUAAAGCGAGCUCGCGAGACUCCUCAUGAAGCAGACCCGCAAAUAUAUGUCUCAAAUGAAGAUUUCCUUGUUGCUCUGCCCAAAAUCCAACCGUCUUCGAAACGAGAAGGGUUUGCAACAAUUCCUGCUACUACCUGGGCAGAUAUUGGUUCACUGGGCUCUGUACGAGAAGAGCUUGUCACAGCAAUUGUCGAACCUAUACGAAAUCCCGAGAUAUAUUCCCGUGUCGGAAUAUCCGCACCUACUGGCGUCCUGCUAUGGGGUCCUCCAGGCUGUGGUAAGACUCUACUGGCAAAAGCCGUGGCCAACGAGUCCCGCGCAAACUUCAUCAGUAUCAAGGGUCCUGAGCUCCUAAAUAAGUACGUGGGCGAGUCUGAACGUGCGGUACGGCAGGUAUUCUCCCGAGCUCGAUCAUCCAUUCCAUGUGUUAUUUUCUUUGAUGAGUUGGAUGCUCUGGUCCCUCGACGGGAUGAUACCAUGUCCGAGGCUUCAGCACGCGUUGUUAAUACGUUACUUACGGAGCUUGACGGGCUUGGAAGCUCGAGAAAUGGUAUAUAUGUAAUAGCAGCAACCAAUAGGCCUGAUAUAAUCGACCCAGCCAUGCUUCGCCCCGGUCGCCUCGAGACAUUACUCUUCGUGAACUUGCCCGGAAGAGAUGAGCGAGCAGAAGUGCUUCGAACGCUGAUACGGAAACUGCCUAUCGAAAUGACAGAACAGCUAGUAGAGUUGGCACGCUCCUGUGAAGGCUUCAGCGGAGCAGACUUGGGCUCUUUGCUACGCCGGGCAGGUUAUUCUGCGAUAAAGAGGAAAGAUACCAUCAGAUUCGAAGACUUUGUUGCUGCUAAGCAGGAGAUACGGCCCAGCGUCACGGAUAUGAAGAAAUAUGAGAGCUUGAAGAAAGACUGGGGAGGCGGGAGUGCCUUUUAG